AUGGCCACAACCACCAGCACAACAAGACCAUCGCACUUCGUUGAUGCUGCCACACUCACAGACUCGCAAUUGUUUCUAGUCACUCGUAUUUUGGUGGAUGUGGCUGUGUCAACAGAGGACACUGAAGUCACUGAAGGCUCUCGAGUUGGUGAGGAAUGGAGGAGGCUUGAUGGUAUACCUUGUAUUAUGGGUGGGCUAAGGGCGCUCAUUGCAUCACUCAGUGGGACCCUGCAUGGGCGCACCACUGCUGACUUCCCCUGGAAAACACUCCCCAAAGAAUUAGCUUGCCUUGGCAAAGGCAUCCAUGACCUGACCCACCAACAUCACGUCAAUCUCAUCAAUUGUCUCAAAGCAGGCACCCUCACCAUCCGAGCAGUUACAAGUGAUGCUGCCCAUACACGGCUUACCACCUCCAAAGACCCUGUUGUCAUUGGGGACGCCCCCUUGGCUUGCUCCACACACUCCCGUGGGCGACAUGUUUUCGCUGAUGGCCGCAUUGACCAAAAAGAUCAGCCUCACUUACCCACCUCUUCUUGUCGUGCCCAAGUCAUUGUGGAAAUAACGUGGCCGCCACCUCGGCCGGCUUCUCGAGCACUCCACAAGCCAUCUACUACCUCCAGGAGAGAUCUUAUCCCAGCCAUUGCUUCUAUCCAGGGAGAAUCCAGCUCUGAAGAUGUUAGUGCUGAUGAUGAAGAUGAUUAUGAGGAUGAGGAUCCCCAAAUCACCUACUCAUUUGGAUCAGCAAGUCAGGCCAUGAUGCUUAAUCUAUCAGAUUACUACUCUGACCCUCCCGACGACCAGGUGUCCUCACCUCCCCCAUACCUUCCUGCAUCAUUGUCUGCUACUAUGGGUUCUGGAUAUGCGCAGGAAGAAUAUGUUCAGGAACAGUUUGGAGGUGGUCGAUAUAAGGAUACACCAACAGAACUCACUCCAUCAAGACUGUGUAGCACCAUCAAGCCAACAUCGCGGGAUACCACUAACAGCUUCGUUGCUAAUUCCAUUCACUUUGCUGAAAAUAGCCAUCACAAUACUCCUUUGGUCGAGGAUGCACCUGUGCAGUGUUCUGUGCAGGUGCAAGAUCUAUUUGCCAACACUUUGGCACCCACUUGCCAGCAGCCGGCUAUGCCUCAAAAUACGGACGUAUUCCACCAGCAGCCCCAGUAUGGCACUCUAAAUUCAGACUCCAUGGCUCUGUACAACCUCACGAUACCAUCCAGAGCCCAACCUUUGUGGUCUGUGCCAUCACCUCUGAUGCAACACAAGGCUCCCAGCACCUCUCCCAGCCCUCUGGCUUCCUAUUCUCAGUUACCAACAUCGCCUCUUCUCAUGCCUGCACUUGCAGGUCCAAGCUCACAGGGAGGUCUGCAACCUCAAGUGAAAAAUGCCAUGAAUAUGUGUGGGCCGGAUUGGCCCUGGAAUUUUUCGUCCAUAGCGCCAGUAAACUCCUUGCCAGCUCAGGGAGCUGUGCCAAGAACACAUAUCAUCCCGCCAACUCCCAUCAAGCCUGCAGAACUUUUGGCUCCGUCUGCUGCCAGUGGGUCAAGUCAGCAUGCAGUCACGUUCAGUACAUCAACCGCUGAAGAAUCUCAUAUCAAGUCUGACUUCACGAUGGACAAUGAUGGUGCACCUGUUGGUGGUCGACAUUCAGCAGAGACGAACUCUACACUCGAUGAGGGUUUCGCUGUAUUAGAUACCAUCGUCAUUAACACUGCAAAAAAUACGAACAUGCCUUCCUACCAGGUAAUCAACCUGUGGAUGAAGAGUCGAGGUCAAGCAAUCAACUCUACCAAUUACUGGAACCUUUAUGCAGGGUACUUCAAGGACCGCAUGCGCCAGGAACUUGCAAGGCUCAGUGAAGAUGCUCCUCCCCAGGAUGGUUCGAUGACACCUAGUGCUGGUGUUCGCUGUCGGUGCUAUGAGCUCUUCAAGAAUACCUACCCCGAUUCUUAUCAAGACAUUCUCGAUACCUACAAGGAACUCAACAUGCUGUCUGAUGCUCCUCAAACAAUUGCACAGUGCACGCAAACAUUCCAGAAGCUCUACAGGAGGGUAGGAAGUAUUCUUGAUGGAGCUGUGGCCAGGCAAGGUUUUGAGGCCACUCUCGUUAUGUGUGGUAAUAUCGUCAAUGAAGACUCAUCACUCAGCCAUAUUCACAUGAUGCCCAGCGCUGGUGGCAUAAGUUUCUUUGAGAAGCGCUGCCGAGCCAGUGAUGAUGCCAUCAUUGGGCAUAUGAAAGCCCAUGUAUACAACACGACCUCACUUGCUGCCGUGGAACAGGCCUUCAAGGCCACUGAAGGCGAUCGAGAGCAGGUACCAAUAGAGGUCCUGGAUGUGAGUUCAUCUGAGGCAGGUGAAGAGAAAGAUGCAUUGAAGUCGCUCAAGGCUGGGCUAAUCAAACAAGUUGCAGACCUUGGCAGCAAUUCACUCACAAACGACCAUCUACGCAUCAAGGGCUACCCUGCGCACUUGAGUUUGAUGCCGGGAGAGUCUCACAAUACUAAUUCACGAAGUAAAGGUGUUGCAGGACUUACACAACAUGAGGUCAAUGUGCUCGCUCAUGCAUUGAAGGUGAAGACAAUGUGUGUUGUCAAAGUAACAAACGCUACCAAAGCUGCUAUCAUAGCCUCCAAAGAGCCUGUCAUCAUUGGCGAGGCACCUCCUGUAGGCUCUCCUUUUCCGAAUGUGAGGCGGAUGUUUGUCAACAGAACCUUCGAUUAUAAUGGCCCUCCGCACCUUCAAACCAGCUCUGCUGCAACCAGGAAGAAGAAGCCAAAGGUCGCCUCAUCAUCUCGCACCCAGGAUGAUGAUGGAGAUGUUGCAUCCAUGGACUCCACGACUACCAUACGUCCCAAAUCCAAUUUACAUCUCAAGGUGGUUGUACCUCCUCCAUCACGUCCCUUCAAGCUUGCAAAGCGCCCUCCUACCAAACUAGCGCCAACUCCAAUACAUGUCUUAUCAAGUCCAGAUGGUGUCAACAAGCCUGGUGCUGACAAUCCCCUCAACAUUUCUGAUGGCGAAUCCCCCAGCGAGGAUGAUGCGGACCACGAUGAUUCAUCACGCUCAUGCAAGCAGAAGUUGCAGCCUAAAGGUGAGGAGAAGACAGUUGUUGAGAAGAAACCAAGUGUGAAGGCUGCAGGCAAGGUUCGUGCCAAGGGAGGGCGCUCGUCUCCUCUCGUUGUAGAAUCCUCAGGGGACGAACAGCAACCACCUCCUGGAGCCAUGCACCCUGAGACCUCCGAGGCUGUUGAUCGUCCGCCCUCUACGCCCUCUACACAAGUCAUGGAAGCACCUAUUCUUUCAGUGGUGCCGUCUUCCCCACUCAACUCAGAUCAUCAUGUGAGUCCUACAGAAGAGAAUGGGCAGUCUGUCCAUGUCCCAGACGUCCCUCUUCCGCUACCUCAAAAUCCAUCAUGCGCACCAAAGUUGGAGGACACUCGUCUCAGUCCCUCCCUUUCUGACCAUGAUGCACCAGACCCUCGUAAUGGUGAUCCUAAUAGAGCACACUCACAUGAGCCCCAUGACAAUCAGUAUCCUCCCAAUCGUGAUCACUCCAGGGAGCCUCAUCAUGUGAGUGACUUCCACGACCUCUCACUCAAUAAUGCCCGUGACCUGCACCCUCAUCGAGACAACUCUCCUGCACUGUGUGAUGACUGUCGCUACCCCAGUGAUGAGCAACAUGGUGGGUACACAUACCAUGAGGAGGCAGACCAGCAGGCAUAUGCCAGGCGACUAUGA